AUGUUCAUGCCCUGUCCUCCGUCCGUGCCCCCUAUCUCGCCUCCUCUUUCCUCCUCUGCCUCCCCCUCUCCUCUCCCCUCAUAUUGUGGGACUCCUCUCCCCUUCCCCUCCCCUCAGAUCCUCUCUCCCCGUAAUGACAGAUGUGGUUGUAGAGGUGGGGGGUUGAGAGGUGGGGGGGGGGGUGUAGAGGGUUUGUGGUUAGAGUGUUUGUUAGAGUGUGGUGUUAGAGUUUGGGUUAGAGUGUGUGAGUGGGGGUUAGAGUUGGUGUUUAGAGUGGUGUGUGAGAGGGUGUGGUUUAGAGUUUGGUUAGAGUGUGGGUUAGAGAAUGUGGGUGGGGAAGGGGGUGGGGGGGUGAGGGGUGUGGUGAGUGUGGUGUUGGAGGGUGGUGGGGUAGAUUGGUGUGAGUGGGGGGGGUGUGGGUGGGGGGGAGAGUGUGGGGUAGAGUGGGGGGGGAAUGAGGGGGGGGGGGUUAGAGGUGGUGUUUAG